CUCCGCCCUCUAUGUUUAAGACGUGGAGCGAGCAGCUGCUGCAAAGAAGAAAGAGAGGAAGGAAGAAAGAAAGUAAGAAAGUGCGGCUGUGUGGAUCCAGAGAGCAACAACAACAUGUGGGGUCUUAUAACAGGAGCCACUACAAUGCGUCUACUGCUGAUGAUGUUCGUGUUAACGGCGACAGCCUCCGCUGAGCUCAACUGUGACCCACUAACUCAGUAUGCGAAGAAUGGCGAAUGCUGCAAAAUGUGUCCUCCAGGUACCAGCAUGUCGAACAUCGGCUCUUGUCAGGAACCUCAGUGCCAAGAGUGUAAGGAGAACGAAUAUCAGGAUAAAUACACAUUUGAAUCCAAGUGUCAGCUUCAGCCGUACUGCGACAAAAAUAGCGGCUUUGAGAAGCCUGUCCAUCAGAGCAAGAAGGAACGAACCACCUGCAAGUGUGAGAACGGAUUCCACUGCUCCAGUCAGACUUGUAUAAUCUGUGUGGCACACACAACCUGUAAACCAGGAGAGGGUGUUCGUUUCGAAGGCAAUCACACAGACGACAGAGUGUGUUGGAAAUGUCCCAAUGGCUGGUUUUCAAAUUCAGAGAACAGCACCUGUCAGAAAUUAACAGAAUGUGCAGAUGGAUAUACCGUUAAAGUCAAAGGGACAGACACAUCUGACACCGUCUGUGAAAUACAGUUACGGCAGCACUUGGCUCUGAUCGUCGUUUGUCUUUUAAUUGCUUUAACAAUUACAGUUGCAUUCGUAGUCUAUCUGUGCAAAGGAGAUGCAAGGAGAAAGGUAAAGGGCUGUGUGGAGGCAUGUCGUGCGGACAAACAGGAGCUACCGGGAGAAGCCAACACACUAAUGGUGACCCAGGAAGAAACUGAAAAAGAGCUCACAAUUCCUGAACAGCCGUCCACACAAGAGGAGGGUGCUUCACGGACGCCGGAGGAGAACGAGGACGAGCUAAGCACAGAGUUGUCCGCGGGAGUUAUUAUCACUGACAAUGGAAACUAUGUGGUACAGGAGAACGGGAAAGCAGAUAUCCUCUCCAGACAGGAAUCACAAACGCAGACAUACACAGACUGAAAAUAACCCAAAAGCCUCAUUCUGAACAUUAUGUAAUUAUGAACUUGUGUCUCAUAUUUCACUUGCACAUAAACAUGUAUAUAAUGUCCCUAAGUGUGAACAUUAAGAUUGAAAAUGUGCUGAAAUUAUGUAGUUGUAGUGCAACAAUAUUAGAAUAGUGUGGCGUACUAAAUUACUUUGUUGAUAGCAUUUUUGUACAUUGUUGGUUUUAGUGUGUGUUUAUAUUGUAUUUUGAUUUAAUCAGCAACUUAAUGUUUACCCUGUACACAAGAUUUUUUUUAAACGUGAACAUGCUACAAAACUGUGUGACUGCUGUACAUUAACAGCAUGUAAUUUAAAAGCUUUUGCAUUAAAUUUUAUUCAACUGUAA